ACGUGGUUUCAGCAUAACGAAAAUGUGAUGUCACAUUUCACGUGGUUUCACAGAGCAAAUCACACUCUGCAAUGAACUGUUGUUUUUAGUCACAUAAGCUUCGAAGCGUCGUUAAGUGUAACACCACUAUUAUUUAAUAUAGUAAACAUCAAACAGCAACUUUCUGAUGUCUGAGGACGUCUAUGAGAAGUUUCUUGCUCCAGAGGAGCCAUUUCCAUUGCUCUCACAAAGAGGAAACUUCAGUGAAGACUCAACACUAGAUGCCAGUGACUUUGGUUGUCAGUUGUCGUCAUGUCACCGAACAGACCCUUUACAUCGCUUUCACAGUAGCAGGUGGAACCUGACAUCAUGUGGCACCAGUGUGGCAAGUUCAGAGUGCAGCGAGGAGCUCUUCUCUUCUGUGUCAGUGGGAGAUCAAGAUGAGUGCUACUCUCUUCUGGAUGAUCAGGAGCUUGCGUCCUUUGACCUGUUUCCAGAGGGCAGUGUGUGCAGCGAUGUGUCAUCUUCUAUUAGCACAUACUGGGAUUGGUCAGACAGUGAAUUUGAGUGGCAGUUACCGGGCAGUGACAUAGCCAGUGGCAGUGAUGUUUUGUCUGACAUCAUUCCCAGUGUGCCCAGUUCACCUUGCCUCAUUUCCAAACGAAAAAGCAAGGUGCACAGGAAUCUGGAUGAGCUACCCUGGAGCGCAAUGACCAAUGAUGAACAGGUGGAAUAUAUUGAAUAUUUGAGUCGAAAAGUGAGCACAGAAAUGGGACUCCGGGAGCAACUUGAUAUCAUAAAGAUAAUUGACCCAAGUGCACAGAUAUUGCCAACAGACAGUGAGUUCAUCAUUGAGCUGAACUGCCUUACAGAUGAAAAACUCAAACAGGUGAGGAGCUACAUCCGUGAGCACAGCCCGCGGCAGCGAGCCAGCGCGCUGCGUGAUGGCUGGCGGAGGAGCGUUGCAAGCACCAGCGCAGUUAGCGCUCACAGCAGCAGUAAUGCCAGCAUGGUGAGCAGUGCUAGCAGCAGUAGCUUGUCCACAGGAUCCAAUACAUCCACCAACAUCAGCCGUGCCCACAGCGAUGGGAACCUGGCUACUGCUGCCGAGCGCAUAAGAGACUCCAAGAAACGCUCUAAGCAGAGAAAAAUGCAGCAGAAGGCAUUACGCAAGCGGCAACUGAAAGAGCAGAGACAGGCUCGCAAGGAGAGGUUAAGCGGUCUUUUCUUAAAUGAAGAGAUCCUGUCACUCAGAGUUACAGAGGAAGAGGACCACUGUGAUGAUGUUGAAGUAUUGAUGUGACGAGAGUGAAUUACUCAGUGUUCCUUCUAAGCCUCCCUCGUUGCAGCAUUAAUUACUUGAUUCUCAUCUGUAACCACAUCCAGUGAUGAUAGUACAGCAAUUUGUUUUCCAGCAGCUGUGUCAACUCAUUGACAUACAAUGUCAAAAGCCCCCUGACCAAUACAUUUCCUUGUUUACUUUGACAAAGGAGUAUUAAGAAGGUUUAUUGUAAAGUUAAUGGAUGAAAUAAAGUAUAUAAAGUAUAAAACCUGACACUUUUUCUGCAAAAAGCUGAAAAUAGUGUUAUUUAUUAAUUUAAUUUAAUUUAAUUCUGACUGUGUUUGGCUGAAAGAAGAAAGUCAUAAACACCUUGAAUGGCUUGAGGGGGAGUAAAAUAUAUUGGCAAAUUUUCAUUUUGGGGUGAACUAUCAUUUUAAGUAAAAAUUGUUUUGCAUUUUUCAAGGAAUAUAAAAAUAUAUGUUAGCGACAGAGAAGAUGUUAAAACUAAAACUUAAGCCAAACUGCAUUUUAUACUUAAUUGAUUCUGGACUUUGUAAUACUAAUACUGUUAAAAAAAACUUUUCUCUAGAUGUGUUCGAGAAAUUGCCUGUGAAGCAAAAUUGUAAUUGACCUUUUUUAUUACAAGCACAUAUACUUUACAAGACAGUAUGUCAUUUAAUUUGCAAUCAAAACAAUAAAAUAAAUGUAUGUAAAAUGCAAAGUUUAUAUGAAAAAGCUGAUUUUACUUGAUUAAAAGAUGAAACAUCAAGAUACUUUUGUGUAAAAGCACAGUUAUAUUUAAAAUGCAUAUUUGCAUUAUACCACAAACACAAAGAACUAAUACUAAUUACUAAUAGCACUGCUGUGGUUACCUUUAUUGUACAAACCAAUUAAGCCAUCUAUUGAAUUGACAUCACAAUAUAAAUGGUGUUUGAAAGCAUUGAAAGGACUACAAGAAAAUCGAAUGCCCAACUUUGUUAUAUGGUUACAUUUUCAUUUGUAACCGUAUGAAAGGUAUCACUGGAAAUAUGUGUUCAUGUGUAGAUAACUUAUUGUCGAGUUGUUGCUGUGUAAAACUAAGUACAUGUUGAACCCAGGCAUAGAGGGAACACUGACAGCUCAUUGCCUCUAUUGUGUAUUUACUAAAAUAUAUGUGAAUGAUCAAACUGUGUUUUAAAACUUUUUGACAUUUAUAAUUGAUGUUAAACACUAAUGGUACAUCAUUAAUAUGAAUUUUGUUUGUUGACUUAAGAAUAUCAUUUAUGCUGUUGUUAAGUAGUGGUGAAUAGCUUUGAAAUUCCAGAUGUUUUAUUGAUUUGCCAUAAUGUGGUAAGUUGGAGAAGGCAAGUCUUUUAUUGAAGACCUUUUAACUGAACAAUAAACGUACGUAUUUCGGGCAGUUAGGGACAGUUUGUUAAAGCAUACAAUACAUGCUUUGAUUUGGAAAUUAUUCAUCAAAUGUGUUAAGGUGAGCUUUUUGCUCUGCACUGUUCCCUUUUUAACCUUAUGUACCUGUUAAUUAUCCUGCUCUGCACAGUAGCAAUGCUUUGUUUAUAAUAUUUUGCUUAUUUACAUAAUUUAGCCAAUUUGCCAAACCUAAAUAAAUAUAAUGAAUCUUUUCUUGGAUCUUUUUAAACAUGAAUAUGCACAGUAUAUUAAAACAAAGUUUCUUUAAACUACAUCUUUAGAGAAGACCAUUGUUUAUUUGUAAGGCCAAACCCACAAUUUAGAUAUUUUGAGACAGGUAUAGCAUAAAUGUAUAAUGUCAAGCUAUUAUUAUUUGACUGCUCUCUUGAAAUGAGAAAAUUCUCUCUGGAUUUUAAUUUCUAAUUUCAUCAAAUCAAAUAAAAAUGUGGUGUGAAAUACCUUGAAACGCA